UUCUGUUCUUUAAUUUAACUGAGAGUGAUUAAACUGCGCUGCUGCUUUUUGGAGACUUUGAAUAAAUCAUGAGUUCCAGGAUGGAGACCAAGUCUUACAUGGUUCAGAUGAACGGGAAUGGAGUUUGUGGCAAAACUACGGUAAAUGGAAAAACCCUAAAUGAAAAUGGAGUGAACAGAAACGGGGUGCACGGGAAUGGCGUCCACCAUGUCAACAUCAAAGGCGCCUUAUACCCGAUCAAAUCUAAGAGCCGGAGGCAGCGGUGGGAGGUGAAGCCUUCGGAGAUGGCUAACAACACGCUCAACCCCAUCAGGGCCAUCGUGGAUGGGAUGAAGCUCACCCCGAACCCGGACAAACCCAUGAUCGCACUUUCGAUCGGGGAUCCCACCGUGUUUGGAAACCUGCCCACCCAUGGUGCAGUGCUUCAGGCCAUGAAGGAUGCCAUAGACUCCCAAAAAUACAACGGCUAUGCUCCCUCUGUCGGUUACCUGCAGAGUCGGCAGGCGGUGGCAAACUUCCACAGCUGCCCUGAGGCUCCACUGGAGGCAGAGGAUGUGAUUCUGACCAGCGGAUGCAGUCAGGCCAUCGACCUGGCUAUCAGUGUGUUGUGCAACCCAGGAGACAAUAUCCUGGUACCGUGCCCAGGCUUCUCCUUAUAUAAAACUCUGGCUGUUUCCAUGGGCAUCGAGGUCAAACUCUACAACCUGCUUCCGGAGAAGUCGUGGGAGGUUGACCUGCAGCACAUGGAGAGCCUGAUUGAUGAGAGGACUUCCUGUCUAAUCAUCACCAACCCAUCCAACCCGUGUGGCUCUGUUUUCAACAAGAAGCACCUGCAGGAGAUCCUCAAAGUGGCCUCCAGACACUGUGUCCCCAUCCUGGCUGAUGAGAUCUACAGUGACAUGGUUUUCCCAGGAUGCAGUUCUCCUUCAAUGGCAUCCCUCAGCAGUGAUGUUCCCAUCCUGUCCUGUGGCGGUUUGGCUAAACGCUGGCUGGUGCCUGGCUGGAGGAUGGGAUGGAUCCUCAUCCAUGACAGGAAUGAUAUAUUUGGAACUGAGAUUCGACAGGGUCUGGUAAAACUCAGCCAGCGUAUUCUGGGAGCCUGCAGCAUCGUUCAGGGGGCGCUGGAGCAAAUCCUCGACAGCACUCCUCAAAGCUUCUACAACAACACCAUCGGCUUCCUUAAGUCUAACUCAGAGAUUUGCUUCAGCGAGCUGUCCUCCGUCCCCGGCCUGAACCCUGUCAUGCCUUCAGGAGCCAUGUACAUCAUGAUUGGGAUCGACAUGGAUCACUUCCCAGAUUUUAAGAACGAUGUGGACUUCACCGAACGGCUGGUGACUGAGCAGUCUGUCUUCUGUCUGCCUGCUUCGGCGUUUGAGUAUCCCAACUUCUUCCGCAUUGUGGUGACAGUCCCGGAGGAGAUGAUGCUGGAGGCUUGUGCUCGGAUCAGGGAGUUUUGCCAGAGCCACUAUCGCCCCCCCAGCCGUGACAGCAAUGACCUGGACCAGUAAUGCAGGGGCGCUGUACCAGUCUUACAGCUGUCCCACCACAACAUUACCCUGAAAUCUUUUUUUCAAAAGCUGCCAUGGCAACAAAAAGCAUGCAACAGCAUAUCUAAUGGUGUAAUUUUUAU